UUUGAUUGGCUUUAAUUAUAAGGGACAACAAAUGAAUCUUACCGUUAUAAAAGACAUGGGUCAGAGUGUUUAGUAUAGCAACAGAGAGUCAGUACUGCAGUAUUAGAUAUUCCAAGGUUGUUGAACGACAAAGAAACAGUUAAAAGAUGGCAACCCACGUACGUCCAACAACUAGAUUCCAACCUCCAGAUUGGUUCACCAAUAACUAUACUAUUUCUACUAAUGCUGAAAGACAGAGAGAUGCUUCACAUCAAGUUCGACAGGAAGGUAGAUUCUUGAGAAAUGAGACAGAUAAUCAAACUAAAUGGGACCAACAUUCAAAUAAUGUUAGAUUAGCUGAUCGUGUUGAUAAUAUUAGAAAAUGGAAGGAGAUAAUGGAAAAAUCCUUGGCUGAUUUAGAUAAAGAAAUAGCAGAUCUUUCUGAGGCUAAAGAAUUGACUGAACAAGCAUUAGAGGCCAAGAAUCUUCCCUUAGAUGUUGCAAUUGAAUGUCUUACUCUCCGUGAAGGAAGGCAAUCAAUUGAUGUAGUUCAGGAUGAUCCCGAAAACCAAUUACACAAGGAAGUAGAAGUUAUAGAAGGCAUUAGAAAACAGUUACAACAAAGAGUGUCUGAUUCCUUUGAACAACUAUGUUUAUUACAAGAGGCACGUCAACAAGUACAGGCUGAUUUACAAGAUAAAAAUAUAGCCCUUGGUAUUGAUAUAGAUCAAUAUAAUCUAACUGAUAGAUCACCAAAUAUAAGUUAUAAACCAGAUUGUCUUAGAGUACCUAAAGGAAGCACAACACCGCAACAAUGGGAAGACUUCAGUCGCUACAACAAAGAACGAGCCGAUGCCGAGAUGUUGGCUUCAAAUAGAUUGCGUGAAGCUAUUCAUCACACACUUCAACAAACCGAUAACGAUUUAGAGGCACAAAAAAUUGCCACAGAAUUUGCUUUUAGAAAGAGAAUCCAUGAAUUUGAACGUGCCAAAGAUGAACUUGAAUGGCAGAAGAAAAAUACUGAAGAUGAAAUUGCAGAAUUAGAGAAUGAUAUACGAGGAUUAGCUGAAGCUAUCAGAGCUAAAACCAAUCCAAUGAAACUUGCCCAGACUAGGUUGGAGAAUAGAACAUAUAGACCUAAUGUUGAGUUAUGUAGAGAUGCUCCUCAAUAUGGUUUAACAGAUGAAGUUAAGCAGUUAGAAGCAACAAAGCGAGCAUUAGAAGAGAAACUGAAGCAAGCCCAACAUGCAUUGGAUGGUCUUGAAAAGAAUCUUCACAGAAUAAAUGAUGAUUUGGCUUUAAAGAAUAACUCUCUUAUGUUGGACAAAAGAAGUAUGGAUGUGCGUCAAAAACUGAACCCUCGCCCACAAACUGCCGUCGAGAGGAAUCUCACUCUAACUGGCAUUGAGCGAGAAAAAACCAAAGUACUUGCUUGAUCUGGUGUGUUUCUAAGAACUUCCUUGAUCAAAACCGAGAUUGAUUGUCAUUUCUAUCACCUACUGCAAUAACCACAUUAUAGAAUAGUUUCACCUAAAAUCGGAAAGAAAAGGAAGGAUUUGAAAAAAAAUAUAAAAGGAUUGUUCUUCUUGUGAAUAAAUGAAUUAAAAUAUGAUUAUUCAAGAGAUCUAGCUUAUAAAUUUUACAGCUGCAUAUUAUUAAUGAUCACGACAGUAAUUUUCAAAAAGAAAUUUAUACAAUCUUUACAACAUGGCUGUGUAUGUUGUGUGUGAAUAGUUUUCUAGAUAUUCUGUGUUUAAUUGUACUGACCUAUUAUACAGAGCUUUUACUAUAUUAAAUUAACAUAUACCUGCAUUCUUCCCAUUUACCAUGCAUGUGAACUUUUGUAUAUUAAUUAAUGUUCUAUUAUUAAAUUAUUGUAAAUAAUAUAUUAUUUAUAUAUCAAUGGGAAUCAAGCUGCACAGAAUGUAGAGAAAUAAUUUAUGAAAAAUAAAUAUUAUAAAUCCCA